AGCCACCCACAGCGGGCCAGUUUAGAAGCAUCCGAGGCUUUCCAACGUGACCCCGCGCGUAAGGUCUACGGGUGCAGCUCAAGCGAUUCUUCACAAUUCGUAGAUUUACGGGGUUCAAAGCACAGGCUGUGGUGGCGGCUUUUUGAACAAGGGCCUAGAAUCUACGUUGUUCGUGGAUUUUCUGGAGGAAACAGACGACCAGCGUAUGGCUCAAGAAACAUGACAAAUUAUUGAGGCGCCGAGAAUUUCAUUUCGUUGAGAGAGAGAGUUGCUCGGCCGAUUGCGCGCCUGGGGUGGGGCUGGUCGGAUCGAUCUGCGACGUAGGAUUAUAGCGGAUUUCCAACUUGUUGCAGUGAGUUCGGUUCAAAUGGGCGUGGCUCGGGUGCUUCCGCGGCGUUCUUGGUGCUGUAGCCGCGCUGCGAGGCGGAUCUGGUAGUGACGGCCGAAGGUCGCCGUGAGAUUUCGUGGCUCGUUUUGCGGUGUGUUUGAAUCCCGGCAGGAGGUUUUGCGGUGGGAGGGAUCGGAGUCGCGUGGGGGGGUGCUGAGGGUCUGAUGCACAUGGGAGUGUAAGCAAUGCAGAAAAAGGGGGGGAAGAGUAAGCAUCACAGGGCGGCGGGGAAGGAGGUGGAGAGGAUUGAGAGAUGUGAGGGAGUUGCUUUGUUUCAGAAGGAUCUGCAGCAGCAGCAGCAGCUGCAAGAACUGGGGAAGGAGAGAAAGGGCUGCUACAGAAUUUCGUGGUGCGCUGUGGUCUCAAUCUCAGCCACGCUGUUUCUCUUCCUUUCUCUCUUCCCGUCCCUACCAUCAAUAGUAAAGCUUCCAGAUCUUGAAGGAUUAUCUCAUUUCACGCCCCUUGUGUCAAAGAACUGGGUGUCGCCAUUUUCAUUAUCGAAAACAAAAGAAUUGCAUUCUAGGAAAUGGUUUGCCUCUCAGUCGAGUGGACAGAGGUGCCAUCUGAACGACACAGCGCACCUCGAUGCAGAUACCUGCUUGAUCUUCAAUGGAAGUGCGGUGAUCGGAAAUGGUGGCUGCCUAAAAAGCAUCUAUGCUGGUGAUGGGAGUAGAAAUUCCCAUGAGAGUUUUUCUGCAUCGAGGAAGUACAUGUCAUUUUUCGCAUCGGCAAGUUCUGUAGCAGAGGAGGCCGAUCAUUUUCUCCCUGUGGAAUCUCCUUCACCCUCCAGCUCCGAUGAAGAAUCUUCCUCUUUGGGAGAUGUAAUUAUUUCUCUACCUUGGAGUUCAAGCGUUGGGGAGCCUCUGAAGCUUUGCUUGGUAGGUGAAACGGGCGCUGAUUGUCUGAGACAUAGUAGCGAUGGUGAUGCCUUCUCAUCGCAGGGCUCACCGGAUGGCACGGUUUCAUGGGUUUCUGAAUUACCAUCUCUGGAUCAGAUUUGUCCUACUCAAGAAAGCUUGCCAUCAUCGAGCGACUCAGAAGCUGAAUUAAGUUCCGCCAUUCAAAUAAACCAACAGUAUUUGGUCUGUCGAAGGAAUCUUGGGACAGGUUCAGUUGUUUGUGAGCCACUGUGCCAAGUGUCUACACUCGACUAUCUGACUCAAUCAGCAGCUCGGGUUUGCCCUUGUAGCCCAUCCUUGGUUGAAGAAUCAAAUGCUGAUGCUUCCAGGAUCUCGUUUUCUGGAAGCCUUCUCAGCAAAGCAUCCUCAGUUGACGAACUCCAGAUCAGUGAUGCACCCUCACUGGAAGAACCAUCUGAGGUUCCUGAGAUUUCGUUUGACAUUGUUACUCAAACUCUUGCAAAUGAAGAUGUGAGCGAGGAAAUAGUGAAGUUCGAUGAGCUUGUUGAGAUUCAGCAGGAGGUGAGUCGGCCAUCUCGGGUAGUGCAGGUGAAGAGCUUGGAUGAGUACAAGAAAGCAGUCAUUGAGAAACGGCGUACGGUGAAUGGGAGUGGUAGUCUUCAUCAUCUCCAACAUCAAAAUCAGGAAGGGAGAUUCAAUUAUGCUGAUGUUUCACAUGGUGCAAAAGUAGUUGCCUCUAACAAGGAUGCGAAAGGAGCUUCAAAUCUUUUGGUCCCAGACAAAGAUAAGUACUUACGCAAUCCAUGCAGUGCUGAGGACAAGCAUAUUGUUGUCGAACUGGCAGAAGAAACACUUGUUGACACUAUCAUAAUAGGUAAUCUCGAAUAUCAUUCCUCUAAUGUGAAGAAUUUCGAGCUACUUGGUAGUCCUGAGGUUUAUCCAACAGAUGAUUGGAUAUCUCUUGGGAAUUUUGAAGCUGAAAACGUCCGUCACAUACAAAACUUCACGCUUCCAGAGCCGAAGUGGGUACGCACCUUGAAGCUGCGCUUGCUAUCGCAUUAUGGCUCAGAGUUUUAUUGCACAUUGACUCUCUUACAAAUUCAUGGAGUUGAUGCUAUUGAGCAUCUCUUGGAGGAUUGGAUUGUUGGAGACGACGUUGAUCUUGGUAAAGGCGUUCGACGUAUUAUACCUAAUGGGACAUCGGGUAUGGGGAAUGGUGGUAGAGCUGGUGAAAGUAUCUCCGACAAAGGUGAAACAGCAUCUUUGAAAGCAAAUGAUUCUGAUAAUGACCUGGAUUCCUUAGAUACUUUGAUGGAUCCUCUUGAAAAGCCGGUGAAGGAUGAACGUGGGAUUAGCGUUGGUCCUGAGGAAAGAGUGAAAAAAGAAGCAGCUAAGGGAGUCAAUGGGGGUCCUCCGGAGGCGUGGCUACAUUUAUCAGGCCGACCGUCUGGAGAAUCUGUGUUGAAAAUACUGAUGCAGAAGGUGAAGCAGUUGGAGCUCAAUCAUUCGCUGCUCGACAGUUAUAUCGGUGAACUAUAUGAGAAAUACAAAGAAAUGUUUGCCGACAUUGACAAUGACCUUGCUGGUGUUGCGGCCCAGUUAAGAAAUGAGACCGCUAUUGCUGCCACGCUUGUGGCUCAUUUACAGGAAAUCGAACUGAGGCGAGAGGCAGAGAACGAAGCCUUAAACGCUAGACUAAGUUCAAAGUUUGAUGCUCUCCAGAAUGAUAUGGAAUUGAUGAGGGUGAGAAUCCAAAACAUGGAGAACCGUGAAGCUUUAGCCAUCACAAUUGCUCUUAUUUGCUUGGUCUUGUCUCCGAUUCUUUACUUUAUCCGACACGGCCCUCACUUGCGUCAAUGAGUGCUGCAAACUGAUGGACGUGCUGUGUCAAUGUUAAGCAGCCAUGACCAUGCAUACCUUGAUGUCGUUCAUACUCUGUCCAUUAGUACAGCAUGGUGUUGAAACACAACCCGUUUUUGGAUUAGUCUACCACUGUUCAAGAAUGUGCCAUCAAGUGUCCAAUUUGGAGCGUCCAAUUUGUGGUGAUGAGCCCCUGGACACUCAUAUGUCGGAUGAAGAGCUCUUGGAUUUUGAGAGUGCUUCUCACUCACCAAGUACAACUCAUUUCGAGUAUUAUCGGGCAAUCUACCAUCACAUCUACGAGUCCUACUUUUGUAUUUUGUUAGGAUGUACUAGUAGGCAUUGGGGUUCUUAUACCUCGAGUAAUGAAGCUUCAUGAGUAGCACUUAAAUAAGUGUUUGGGGCAAGCGUUUUGUAUAUCUGAGAUUCUAGCGUAGUAGACCACAGACACUUUUCCACCUCACUGUAAUUGCACCAGUGUCCAUGCUGUCUUGGCACAGACCAGGAGAGGUGUAGUAUGUUAAUUACGGCGCCAUGUCAUUUUGAUCGACAAUAUACGGAUGCUGAAUCUUUCAUGAAUCUGUCUGUUGUCUCAUGUCAACAACUCUCAGCGUUGAUGUGUUACGCUUUGUCAUCCUCUAAGAUUGAAGUGGACCCAUUUCUUCCCACUUGCAAGUACCUGACUGUCCUCAAUAUUUACCUAAAUCGACGCACCUCCAGAAGGGCCCCAGAUCCUGCAACGACACGGAAGCCAUAUGUGCAGUAAUUUCACACAUGUCAAACGGAAUGUUCUGGAAGUUUGGAGUGUACCAACUAGUUUAAGCUUCCAGAUUGAGGCCUCCCAUUUACUACGGUGGCGCUCACACUAUGCGGGUGUCCCUCAAACGACCAUCUCUGAGCCCUCUUCUGUCACUCUGGAGUACACCCAUUAUGACUGGAGCUCAUUAAUUGACUCAUGGACAUGGAGAUACAGGGUGCAGAGGUUUGUCAGAGCAGAAUAUCGCAGGUUUGGUCAGGGAGAAUGUAGUAGAUGAUCUAUCUAAUUAGUGUUGUGAUAAUUUGCUGAAACUUGCGAGUCCUGUGAAGACUAGCUCACAGCUCUGCACGAGUACACAAAGUCUUUGAUUGACUCACCCUGGACAGUGUCGAUAGCUCCACCUAGUAACCAGAGGGAGCUGUUGUCAGAUCUUUUCUAAAUUUGGAUUCAUAGUAUCUUGCUUAGUAGUUUGCAUUCUCUUUUAGACGUUUCCCUGCAAGGUUUGGUUUGCCGUCAUUGAAAUUGUCCGAUCUUCUUGAGGGUAUAAUUGGCUUUGAUCUCAUUUGAUUGAAGCUUGUGCAGCCCACACUAGGAUGUCUCAACGGCGGCAAUCACACCCAAUUUGGUGUUGUAUGUGCCCCACCGUGCUUGUGAAGCCAGCUCGCGGGUGUAGCGACGAGAAUGAAGCGAUGGAGAUCGGUGAAACGUAAGCUAGGCUGUGAGAAUUUGUGAGUGCUCCAGGGAAGUCUUAGAGGUCACGACUUUGUAGACGUCGACGUUGAAGUUUUUGUGUAGCUAGCUGUGCAGUGGUACAUUGUAAUGUGUGCGGUACAAGCACUCGAUGGCAAACAGUCGAGGUGCAGAUAGUCUACACUCGAGGGGCGGCAUUUUUCUGGGUUGGAGCUGUCAUCAUGUUUGUAUGGCUUAUGUUUUGAAGCUGCGUGGCCUUUUGCAUCCAUCACCGAGCUCUGGGUUCUGGCAUGACUCGUCUCUCACCUUAUGACUGUAGGUUUCACGAGCUUCCACUGUCAGAUUGUCCAGCAUUGAGCUGUCAAGUUCAGGCACAGCUAUGGCGUUGAAGACUAGGUUCUAUCUUUGGCUCUGUAGUUUCAUGCUUCUCGGUAACUGUUUGUUGCACACUGUCGAGGGAGGAGAGCUGGGAUUAGGAUUAACUGCUGCGGUCUCUGUGAAGCAUCCACAAACCUAUGUCAACAGAAAGCUUCGCGCAUCGACACCUUCUUGUACCAAGGCAGACAUAAGCAUCACUCAGGGGAAGAGUGGCAACAGCAACGGCAUUCCAGCCUUUAGCGUGCAGAUCACUAACUUGUGCGUGAACCACAACUGCCAGCUGAAGAAUAUCCAUGUGGCGUGCGCGGCGUUUGCUUCUGCUCGACCGCUUGAUUCCCACGUCUUCCAGCGCAUCAAGUACAACGACUGUCUGGUGAUGGGUGGCGCGCCGUUGCGCGCUGGCGGCAGUGUGGCCUUCGAAUACGCAAAUUCUUCCGAGUACCCCAUGCAUGUCAUCUCUGCGGAACUAGGUCCUUGCGCAUAGAUCCCACUCUCUACCCCCCACGCUUGUGAUGCUCUCAUCGCUUUUGUGACCCGUUUUGAUAGUGGACACUGCUCAUGUUCAUCUUGCUCACACUUUCCAUCCGGUGAAGGAUUACUGGAGUGCUACCAUGAAAUCAUAGGAAAUAGCUGUGCUCUCCUUCCCAUAAACUUAGGUUUUCGGAAUGUUUGAAGUCUUGUAUAAUCCCCUCUGCAGGAAUAAUGUGCACGCUAUGCUCCAUCGUCCCCGCAGACGAUUACUUGGGCAUUUUUUC